UUUACUCAUUUAACGUUUAUUUUUGCGUCAGUGCGCCCAGUCACAGGGACGGCUAAUCAAGCUUCAAUGCAACUGUUGCAGUUAGCUUCCUGCACGCUAGCGUCAGCCGGCACGGCACAGUGAGCGGAGCGGGGGUGCUAAACUCUGCUAAGCUAACUUAGCUGUAGCCGUUUCUGCUCCAAGGUCGAUGAGAGCAUGUCUGCAUCCGAUGUGUGCUCACAGAGCCCCUGAAGUGACUCCUCUGCCUGUGGACCGCGGGAGGCGGACAGUCGCAUCUUUAGUAAAUAAGAUGAUAAAGGAGCACAGCGACCUGUUUUCCGACUCCCAGUGUAAAGUCUGCAGUGCUGUCCUCAUUUCUAAGUCUCAGAAGUUGACUCAUUAUCAGAGCAAGAAACAUGCCAACAAAGUGCGUCGCUAUUUUUCCAUCCAAAACGAGAAGGAGCCAGCGCUCAAAAAGCUGAAGUCGUCAUCAUCCGACAGUGGCUGUAACAACGGAGACACCGACCGGUUGAAGGUGUGUCAUGUAUGUAACAUGACCUUCUCCUCUCCUGUGGUGGCCGAGUCUCACUACCAGGGCAAAGUUCACGCCAAGAACCUGAGGAUGAAGACCAUCGGUCCCCAGACCCCAGCAGUAGCCUUUCCAACACCACCAACACCUCAGCCGAAGAAGAAACCCGCAGAUGAUUCAAGCAGCGUGCCGGCGACGGGCGGCAACGACAACAACAACCCGGACCGUUUCUGCUCCAUCUGCCAGGCCUCCUUCAACAACCCACUCAUGGCCCAGCAGCACUACGUGGGCAAGAAGCAUAGAAAACAGAUGACCAAGCUGAAACUGAUGGAGACGUACGGCCCCUCCACGGCACCAGCUUCCACGCUGAAGGGAUACCCGUGCACCAUCUGCAACAUCGAGCUGAACUCUGUGGAGCAGUACCAGUCUCACAUCAGCGGCGCAAAACACAAGAACCAAGUGAAGAAAUCAGGCCUGAACAAUGCAGAGCAUCAGGACGCAGCAGAAAAAUCACACGGUGGUGACAACCAGUACGCUCCUGCAGACGACCAGUACACAGCCGGGGGUAACCAGUACACUCCUGAGGACUCAGAGUACUCAGUGGAGAACCAGUUUACUUGAGGCCGGGCUGGAACGGACUGCAGAGGCUUCAGCCAGGACUUGGAAUGGCACACCACAACCAGCCCCUUUAACACAUUAACAUCAACCUCCAUGGACCUCUAACUCCUGCCAGAGUCUCUUCUCAGUAGGUUUUCCCCUGGAAACAGAGUAGUCUAAACGACAGGUCUGGAUUUUGGAUUCCCAAAGGAAAAGGCUGAAGACUGUCUGGGGUUUUUGGUGUGUGUGUUUUGUGUUCUCCAUGAAUGAGAAAAGCUGCAUCUGUGAUUGUACCCGCAAUCAUGAAAAGGAAUGUCUUCGAGGGUUCCAUCAAACGUGUCCCGCACCGUCUGAAACCCAUCAGUGUACAUUAAGGCUGGGAAUCGCGCCGUGCUGAUCAAUACUUGACCUUUCGUUUAUACGAAACACUUUCUUCGCAUAAAGAAAAUCAAUGAAGCCAAAGUUUUUAAAUGCUAAAUGCUGUCUGUACAAAAAAAACCCAUUAAGGAACUUUGAUAAAACAAAACAUCCAUCCAAAAAAGUUUUAAUUGGUUAAUGCAGUAAAAUAAAUCUGCAGCUCUGAUGAGGAAUUUUAAAAUUAAAAAGUACUUAAGUGUGAAACUCAGCCUUAGUGUACGUAACAGGAAUGUCCCAGUCCUGAUCCGACUCAUAUUGGGUGUGUGAGAUUCAGAGUCUGAUUCCAUUAAAUGUUGAUCAAACGUGUAUCUGACACAUCGAAUAUGAACUGUAGACUGCUAAGUCUAGCAUAACCUAUUUUUCAAGAGGUAUUUCAUUGCAAACUGUUAUAUUUCUAAACUUUACUUGAGGACACUGUCCUGGGAGUGACGUAAUCAGCUAGAUUGUUUUAACGAGAAGAUGUAUCACUCUGCUGCGGUAGCGAGUGUGUACAGAAAUGGCAAUACGGUUUUACGGUGGUGUUACGGAGCGGAGGUUCUUUCCGCACAAAUGAUCUUUGACAGUGCAGACAGCAGCUGUAGUGAGCACUCACACCAGGCAACAGACAUGUUUAAUUCUGGUCUGUUAUCAAGUUACUCAUGUAUUUAUCAUUGACUGGCGACAGCUGACGUGUCUGUGAAGCUGUGAAAGCGACAGUCAACGCCAGCUCAAAAUGAGAAACUGCGACUGGAAUGUUUUAGACAUUUCGCUUUGCUAAUGAGACAAGGUGGACUAAUAACAGAUUUGUUAGCGUCACUGUAGCAAACGAUUCAGUCUACAGGAUGGACAGAGUGAGGCUUAUUAACAUCUAACCAACACUAACAUGUAGCAGCAGAGCCACAUGUAACUGAUGAAAAUUCAACACGAAACUGCUAUCCAGUCCAUGCUCGUAGUUCUAGUUCACCUGAUUAUGUUAUUAGGGUUUCAGAGAGUCUAAAUUAGACCCUCUGCUACUACAAAAAGGACCAGAAUCUGCAUUUUGUCGAAGCUGAUGUCAUUUUAUAAAAACAGUUUUAAGUUUUCAGCUACCUGGAAAGUGUUAACUACGAAAUGGAGGGACGAAAGGGAUUGUGAAGAAAAAUAAAAAUAAUUUCAAAUGCAGCGGAUUUGUUACAGCUGUGAGUUACGCAGAGUUUAAGCUUUUUUUUUUCUUUUGUACUGUCAAGUUAUAUGCCUGGUUUAUUUAAGGGUGAGACUGAAGACUUCUAAAUACUUUUCCUUCUGAGUUGGAACUUCACAGACUCUAGAAGAGACUCAUGGAUGCUCUCUGAGCUCUGCAAUGGCUGUCGAUAGCAGAGACGUUUAACAGAGAUUUCCAAGAGUGAUGUCAAAUUAGAGAGUGAUGUCAGUAUUAGGAUUUUUUUUAGUCCAUUUUCCCUCUCACAAGGUGACUGGUUGAAUAUUUUAGUGUUGAACGUCUUCAACCUACUGGCUAAAGAAAAGAAUUUCUUUGGAUGUAAUUUAUACAAAGAGGGCUCAUGCAUACUGUACAGUACAUGGUGUUUCAGAGACAAAUGGCCUUUUUUCUUUCCUCCCUCAUUGUGUGCUAGAUGUUUUGUGAUUAAGAGUUACUUUCAGUGUAAGUUGCGUAUAACAGGAAAAAAAAAUGCAGCAAAGGUGUGCAUUAAAUAAAGGCCUGUUUUAAGAAAG